AUGUCUUUCGGAUAUCACGGAAGGUUCCGCUCGCUUUGGAUUGAAUGUGCAUAUGCGCAAACCGCCCGACGGUUCCAAUAACACCAAAGAGCCGUUCCGUAACCAUUUCGGUUCAAGAUCUUUGUCGUUGCGAAAACAUGUCGCACAAUUCGAGCACCAUUAGUUGCUCUGCAACCCGUUCCAGCAGUUCCCACUUGGCACGUCCAUCGGAAUCGCAAUGGCUCGCAAAAGGGCGCUCGUCGGCGAGUUCGUGGGCACCUUCCUUCUGAUGUUUACCCUCGGCUGCAACGUCCUCAGCGGCACGGCAGCGGCGGGCAGUUCGAUCGGUUUCCCCCUCAUGGUCGGCAUCUACGCCCUGGCAAAAGUUUCUGGAGCGAACUUCAACCCCGCUGUGUCUGUCACGCUCGGCCUCGUCGGCAAGUUGCCCUGGGCUGACGUCUUCCUCUACUCGUUGGUGCAGACGUUGGCGGGCGCGCUGGCGGGCAUCCUCGCCCGCGCGAUCUUCAAGAGCUCGGAGUUUGCCCUCGCCCUCGGGCCCGCGGAUGGCUUCGAGUGGUGGCAGGCAGGCGUGUGUGAGCUCGUGUACACGUUCAUGCUCUGCUUUGUCGUUCUCAAUACUGCCUGCGCCGCGGCGAACGCGAGCUCUCAGUUCUACGGCCUCUCGAUCGGCCUCGUGAUCGUGGCGGGCGCGUUCGGGGCGGGCGCUGUCUCCGGGGGCUGCUUCAACCCCGCCGUGGCGUUCGGCGUCUACGCUGGCGGCAACCACAGCCCCGGCAGCCUGAGCUACUUCCCCGUGUACGCCGCUUUCGAGUUUGUGGGCGGUGCGCUGGCGGCAUUUCUGUUCAAGCAGGACGCGGAGCUGUCCCUGGACCAGUCCGCUGGCACCGCCUCCGCUGGCACCGCCGAUGCGACGGGUGACUUCGACGCUGCCGCUGGUGAGGUCAUGCAGAUUUUCGUGAAGACGGUGACGGGGAAGACUAUCACCCUGAGCGUGCGAGCCAGCGGCACCAUCGAUAGCGUCAAAGCGAUGAUCCAGGAUAAGGAGGACAUCCCUUCCGCCACGCAACGCUUGAUCUUCGCCGGCAAGCAGCUUGCAGCUGGGCGCACGCUGUCGGAUUCCAACAUUCAGAACCACUCGACAUUGCACCUCAACCUCGGCCUGGUCGGGGGCAUGCCGAGGAACGGCGCGGGCCUCCCCCAGGCAGAGAGCUGGGAUGACAGGCCGCCAGAACUGACCCAGGAUCCAAUCCAGGCGUCCCAGCCUCGAGCCCCACAGGCGCCCCAGCCCCAGGCGCCAGCGGCCCGCGGUGGACGCCGCGGGCAAGCGCGCGGCCGCGGGAGCGGAGGCUGCCGCGGGAGCGGAGAUCGCGGACGCCGUGCUGCGGCGCCGGCGGCGCUUGACGCCGACGCUGGAGCCGAGAGCGGCGGCGGCCGCCGUGCGGCGGCGGCGGCGGCUUUGGCGGCGGCGGCUGGCGCCGAGGCUGGCGCCGACGCUGGCGGCCGCCGUGCUGAGGCGGCGGCCGCUUUGGCGGCGGCGGCUGGCGCCGAGGCUGGCGCUGACGCUGGCGCCGAGGCUGGAAGGGUGGGCGCACAAGUCCCGCACCGAACACCCGAUGAGAAAACCCACGGACGGCGAAAAGCAGCAGGUGAGAGACGAGUACACGCAGAUUGUGGGAGACGGACAGGGCGGUGCCGCGCGAGCGUUUGCACAGCGCCUCCGAGAGCACGAGGAUCACGCUCGCGACGCGGGCGCCGUUGGCCGCGCUGCUGAACCUGAGCCGUAUCGCAUCGAAUUCGGGCAGCACAGGAGAAAGACGGUGGCAGAGGUGGCGACAGGGUUUGGCCACAAGCAGCACGGGUCCGAGGACGACAAGAAGCAGGGGAUGGACUACCUCGCUUGGGCCGUCGUGUCCAAACUACAUCACAAGUACCCCAUGUUUGAAAAGGCGCUCAGGGACGAGGGCCUCUGGGAGGAGGUUGCCGCCAAGGCGCCGGCCAAGAAGACGGACAUGCAAGAGGCCAUCGUGCUCCAGAGCCAGGAGCAGGAAAUUCGGAUCGCUGCCGGGGAGACGGUGCACAGAGAGUUGGUGAAGUUGCGAGAAACGCAGAUGGCGAUCAUCUCGCAGGAGGUGGGGGCCGAUGGCGCCGUGGUGUCUUCUUUUGAUGCGACGGCGGCUCCUAAGCGGAAGCGCGCGAGGGAGCACAGGGCACAGGCGAAGACGCUUAUCUCCCAUUGCAGACACUGCGGUAAGUUUGGGCACAAGAUAAAGACCUGCCCCCUCCUUCAAAAGGAGGCUGCAGACGCAGCCGUGGUUCGGCCCGAUGGCGGCGUGGACCCUCUGCAGAGACGUCUGUGGCGCACGGUUGCUCACUUGAAGUACACGUGGCUGCAGAACAGGACCCCGCUUUACGAGGGCAAACCGACCAAGCGUUGCAGGGUGCCACUGGCGCGCAGAUCCGUGUCUUACGACGAGCUGGCGCGCAUGACUGUUCGUGGAUGGGUACGCUUCGCCUUCGACAGCAGCCUCCUGCACGACAUGCGCGGCGAGCCGUGCCCCGACCCUACAUGCAAGGAGAAACCCAGCCGUUUCAGCAUCGGCAAGCCGAGCAUUCUCGGGCCGUGGCGCGUGCGCAAGCAGGUGGCAGGGAAGGUGGAAGACGUUGGUCGCUGGGACGCGAUCUAUCGCUGCGAGCACUGCAGACACUCCUACACAGUGUUCGGCGGACGCGCGCUGUUCGCCCACGGAGACCUCAUGAGCCAGGCGUCGCGCGCUUUCUGGAACUACGUGCAGGGUGUGAGCAUGACGUGUUCCGCCUUGCAGAUGCGCCGCUCGGAGGACUUGAUGCGCGAUUGGUACGGGGUGGCGAGGGAAGUGGUCGCCUGGGACGCUGUCCGGAGGCAGGAGCGCAUCAUCUUCGGGAAGAAGGGGCCGCUCACCACCACUCUGGAGUACGACGAGUCCUCGUUCGGCUCGUGGGAGACGGUUGAAGAGGGCCGCCGAGUGUUUCACACCUGGGUACUUAUCGGCAUCAUGGAGAGGGGCAAUCCAGAGUCCAUGUGGUUCGAAGAGUACGGAGUCACCACGUCUCACGACGUGCACCGGUGCCCCCCUGCCGAGAAGGCCAGGUGGGUGGAGAUCUGCAACCGCCUCUUUGACAAGGACACCCUAGCCAUCGGAAUGUCGGACGAGGCGAAGUGCUACGACAUCGAACACGAAGGGAUUCUGCAGCACUACACCGUCAAGCAUGUCGAGAAAGAGUGGAGCCGCCCAGAGCCCGCCAUCCUCGCAAACGUGGAGACUCGCGAGACUCCCCCUGGAAUGGCGAGCACACACCUCAUUGAUGCUGCGUGGGGCAAGAUGAAAGACGGGGUGCCCAACGGGCUGUCUGUGAAUACUCCGCAGGGGCGAGCAGCGUGCGAUUGGCAGCACCACAUGGCCCAGGCGCGCGCCGCGCAGGACCCGGGCCUCACGUCUGGCUUCGCUCACAAGGUGGGCAAGGCCCGAGGCAAAGCACGAGGCAAGGCGCGUCUCCCGCUGGUCGACGAGGCGGCAGCGCUGGCCGCCAAGGCGGUGAGCGAGGUGGACUGCAGCGGCGAGGAGGGCCCCCCAGUGCUGAAGCGGCCCGCGAGGUUGACGGCGGCGCCAGCGGCCGCUUCGACGGGGGCGCCACAGGCCCCCUCGACGGCGCCAGUGCCCACGCUGCCGAUAUUGGAAGACCCUGGCGCUGCCGCGGAGGAGUCCGACGGCGAUUCCGUGGAGGAGAUGGAGGCCCCUGCGCUGCUGCCCCCGGAUGGCAAUGGCGAUGGCAGGAUCGGCGCCGCGCCGCGCCCUCGGUCACUCGGGGGGUGGCCGUGCAAACUAUUGGGCAAAAUGGUAGGCCGCGAGGUGCCGGCGCCUCCGUGGUUCAACGAUGUGCGGACCGGGGCAAUUGCAGCGGGGCACGGCAGGCAGCGCGCUUCCACCUGCGGCCUCCAUGCCCUCCAGCAUCUCCUGGCACGCACCGGCCCUGAUGUCGUGCUCACCCGACAGGCGUUCGAGGCGCGUUGCAGGUCCGACGAGGUGGACGCUGAUGGCAAUUACGAGUUCAGGGCCAUGCAUCGCAACUUGUACGCUUUCCAGUGCUGCGUGGAGCCCAUGCUGCCCGAAGUGGUCGAGACCGUGACAGUGCAAGGAGAUGACGGCUCAUGGCCAGCAUUGUUCGCGGGGGGGACCUCGGAGGGAGCAGCAGAGGCCAGUACGCAGCAGCAGGAGCUGCUCGGCGGCGCGGAGUUCCGGCGUCUGCCGGGCGGCAGUCCGUCGGGCGGCGGUGACGUCAACGGCCUGGCCGCGGACCUCGAGCAGGAGAAGGCGCGCACCGCGGAGCUGGAGCGGCGCCUCGCCGCUGCGGUGCUCGCCAGCAGGGUGCCCGGCGGCACGGCCAGCGCCUCCGCGAGGCCCUCGCAGGCGGGGCCCCGGUCGUUCUGCGCCAGGGAGGCCGGCGGCUCUGUCUUCGACGCCGCCUAUUUCUCGGGAUCCCUGACGCUGAUGCCAGACCCGGCCGGUGCACUGAGGGCGGUGGCGCCCCUGCUGAAGCCUGGCGGCCGCGUCUUCGUCACGCAGACCUUCCAGAAGAGGCACGUGCCGCUGCUGGCGUAUAUCAAACCGGCGCUGUACUAUCCGGGUGCGCUGGAAGGCACUCUCACGUAUCAAGCGGACAUCAAGCGUAUUGUGGCAUCCGUCGGAGACAUGUACGAGGAGGUCGAGAGCGCGCCGAUCCCCGGCUCCAUCGACACCCCGGUGCAGACAGCGAUGCUGAUCGUGCUGAGGCUCAAGAAGCUGUGA